CCGAUACUAUCUACGAAUGUUGCAAGAAAACGAACGAACUAAGAAUAAAUUAAUAAAAAAAAAGAAAAGAAACACCUUAUUCAGCAAAUUGAACGAUAAAAGUCCAACAUUAGUUAAACGUGCAACCUGAAACACAUCUCCUUUAAUGUGACCACAUCAGACUAUGACAUAUUUCGACGUAUAUAGAUAGAUGUGUUAUGUUAUAUAUAUGUAUAUAUAAAGAGCAGCAAGAGCAAGAGGAAAGAAAACAACUACACAACACAAACCUGGCAAUAGUUUAGUCUUUAAGUGCAACUAGUGCAACAAAUUUAUGGAAUAAAUCGAAGAAACACUGCAACCACUGAUACAAGAAGCAAAACGACCACCACCAGCACCCCAUCCAAAACGGAACGGGGGCAGAAAGUGCGUAGAAUAACUAAUCAAGAGCAAAGUGUAUUAACAUCAAAACAUAAAAAAAAAAUACAUACAUACAAUACAGCCAUGGACUCGGAUAACGACAACGAUUUCUGUGACAAUGUCGACUCGGGCAAUGUGUCGUCGGGCGACGAUGGUGAUGAUGAUUUUGGCAUGGAGGUGGAUAUGCCCAGCUCAGCAGAGCGUCAAAUGGAUCCCGAUGACUACCAGUACAAGGUGCUAACCACAGACGAGAUUGUGCAACAUCAGAGGGAGAUAAUCGAUGAUGUUAAUCUGCUGCUUAAGCUGCCCACGACAAAGACACGAAUUCUGCUGAAUCACUUCAAGUGGGACAGGGAGAAGCUAUUGGAGAAAUAUUUCGAUGAUAACCCGGAGGACUUCUUCAAAUGCGCACAUGUCAUUAAUCCCAACAAGGCCACCGAAGCAGUCCGUCAAAAGCAGACGACACGUAGCCAGUGCGAAGAGUGCGAAAUAUGCUUCUCACUGCUGCCGCCAGACUCCAUGACCGGUUUGGAGUGCGGACAUCGUUUCUGCUUGAUUUGCUGGCGCGAGUAUCUGACAACGAAGAUCAUGACGGAGGGUCUGGGCCAGACCAUAUCGUGCGCGGCGCACGGCUGUGAUAUCCUAGUGGACGAUGUGACCGUUACCAAAUUGGUGCUCGAUGCACGGGUGAAAGUCAAAUACCAGCAGCUGAUCACCAACAGCUUCGUGGAGUGCAACCAACUGCUGAGAUGGUGUCCGUCCGCCGAUUGUACAAAUGCGGUUAAGGUGCCGUAUGCGGAGCCGCGCCGUGUCCAUUGCAAGUGUGGCCAUGUGUUCUGCUUUGCCUGCGGCGAGAACUGGCACGAUCCGGUCAAAUGCCGCUGGCUUAAGAAGUGGAUCAAGAAGUGUGACGAUGACUCGGAGACGUCCAACUGGAUUGCGGCCAAUACCAAAGAGUGUCCCAAGUGCAGUGUGACCAUCGAGAAGGAUGGCGGCUGCAAUCAUAUGGUGUGCAAGAAUCAGAAUUGCAAAUACGAAUUCUGCUGGGUGUGUCUCGGUUCGUGGGAGCCGCACGGCUCCUCCUGGUACAACUGCAAUCGCUAUGACGAGGACGAGGCCAAAACGGCACGCGAUGCCCAGGAGAAGCUGCGCUCAUCACUGGCCAGAUAUCUACAUUACUAUAAUCGCUACAUGAAUCACAUGCAGUCAAUGAAAUUCGAGAACAAAUUGUAUGCGUCUGUGAAGCAGAAGAUGGAGGAAAUGCAGCAGCACAACAUGUCCUGGAUUGAGGUUCAAUUUCUGAAAAAGGCUGUCGACAUACUUUGCCAGUGUCGCCAGACUCUCAUGUACACGUACGUGUUUGCGUAUUACUUGAAAAAGAACAAUCAAUCCAUGAUAUUCGAGGAUAAUCAAAAGGACCUGGAGUCGGCAACAGAGACGUUGUCCGAGUACUUGGAACGUGAUAUUACAUCUGAAAAUUUGGCUGAUAUUAAACAGAAAGUGCAAGAUAAAUACAGGUAUUGUGAAAAGCGCUGCACUGUACUGCUACAUCAUGUGCACGAGGGCUAUGAUAAGGAGUGGUGGGAUUAUACAGAAUGACGAGAGUCAUGGAUAGAUAAAGAUAACUAAGCUAAGCCAGCGAUGAAUCGGACACGAGUGUAAAACAAGCUGAAAUACCAAGCGCCAAUGCCCCCCCAUACCCGUACCCCAUUGUAAUCACCAAUCCCCAAACUGAAUCCGAUCUAAAUUAAAAGUUAUCCCCCCGCACCCCACCACUACAACAUAAGAAGAUUGAUAAAAUGUAAAACAGAACCAGAGAAAGCAAAAGGCAUGCCACGGAGUAGGCAAAACAAAAAAGAAUAGGGAAACCAAGUCGCAAUUGAGAACAAAAACA